ACACACACACACACACACACACACACACACACACACACACACGCACGCACACACUCACUGUACGUUCACACUGUACACACACCCGCACUGUACACACGCGCACACACGCUGUGCACACAGGCAAGCGCGGAGCCGGGAGAGCGGAGGAGAGGAGGGGGGAAAAAGCCUCCCCCCCACCCCACUACCCCAGGCUGUGGGGCGGGCGGCACAAAGAGAGGAGCAGCUUCCUCGCUCGCUCGCUCGCUCGCUCGGUUCCCCCUCCUCUCCCUCUCGUCCACCUUUGUCAGCGCGGCGGCUCUUCCUCCUUCCCCCGCCUCCGCCAGGCUCGGCACUGGGCACCGCCGCGGAGGACAUGCCUUUCGCCGGCUAGGCUAGCCCGGGGAGGAAGGCUCCCGGGAUCCCGGCAGGCAGUCGGACGGGCGAGCCGGGAGGUAGCGGCGCGGAACCGAGAGGGACCGCCGCCGCUGCCGCUGCCGCUCGUGCUCCGCGGGCGCCCCGCGGCCAGCCGGGCUUGCGCCUCCCGCUCCGGCUCCCGCUCCUGCCCCCUCCCCCCCGGGGGGUUCUUUGGAUUUCCCCCCUCCCCCCGCCCACCUCACCCGGGAGUGGGGGGUGGGGGGGCGGGGGCUGCCGUGACACGGACGGUCCUCGGGGCUCCCUCCGUCCCUCCCUCCUCCUCCCCCGGGAGGUGGUGGUGAGGAGGAGGAGGAGGAGGACCGGGAGGACCAGCUAUGGAUCUGACCAGCAGCUCCGGCGGGGCGGGCGAUCCCCGGCAGAUCGAGGAGACCAAGCCGCUGCUGAGUGGCGAGAUGUCCUCGGUGGAGGGCGGUAAGCUGGGCGCCGUGCCCUGUCGGAGGGCCCUGCUGCUCUGCAACGGGAUGAGGUACAAACUGCUCCAGGAAGGGGACAUUCAGGUGUGUGUCAUCCGGCACCCCAGGACAUUCCUCAGCAAGAUCCUCACCUCCAAAUUUCUGAGGCGGUGGGAGCCUCACCACUUGACCCUGGCGGAUAACAGCCUGGCAUCGGCAACGCCCACUGGGUACAUGGAAAACUCUGUUUCCUACAGUGCUAUUGAAGAUGUUCAGCUGCUGUCCUGGGAGAAUGCCCCUAAGUACUGUUUACAGCUCACAAUUCCUGGGGGCACAGUCUUACUGCAGGCUGCAAACAGCUAUCUGAGAGACCAGUGGUUUCACUCUUUGCAGUGGAAGAAAAAGAUUUACAAGUACAAGAAAGUCCUGAGCAAUCCAAGCCGCUGGGAAGUUGUCUUGAAGGAGAUCCGGACUCUGGUAGACAUGGCCCUGACAUCUCCACUGCAGGAUGAUUCCAUCCACCAGGCUCCACUAGAGAUAGUUUCCAAACUGCUCUCUGAGAAUACCAACUUGACCACUCAAGAGCAUGAAAACAUUAUUGUGGCAAUUGCUCCUCUGCUGGAAAACAAUCACCCCCCACCCGACCUCUGUGAAUUUUUCUGCAAGCACUGCAGAGAACGUCCUCGGUCCAUGGUGGUCAUAGAAGUAUUCACACCAGUGGUACAGAGAAUCCUCAAACACAACAUGGAUUUUGGGAAGUGCCCACGGCUGAGGCUCUUUACUCAGGAGUAUAUCCUUGCCUUGAAUGAGCUGAAUGCUGGUAUGGAAGUGGUAAAAAAGUUUAUUCACAGCAUGCAUGGCCCCACAGGGCAGUGCCCCCACCCCCGGGUCCUACCCAACCUAGUUGCAGUCUGCCUUGCUGCCAUCUAUUCCUGCUACGAAGAGUUCAUCAACAGCCGAGACAAUUCUCCAAGCCUGAAAGAAAUCCGCAAUGGCUGUCAGCAGCAAUGUGACCGGAAACCCAACUUACCACUGCGCCUUCUCCACACAAGCCCUGACCUCGUCUGUCAGGAGGCGACAUUGUCCGAAUCCCGCCUCAAGUCGGUCAUUGUCACUUCCAGUGAGAUCCACGUGGAGGUAGAGCGUAACAACACUGCCAACCAGAAGAUGACGGCCAGUGCUGGCAAUGACAGUGAGCCCAACCUCAUCGACUGCCUCAUGGUCAGCCCCACCUGCAGCACCAUGAGCAUCGAACUGAGCACCCAGGCUGACCGUAUCCUGGGCUGCUAUGUGGAAAUCCUCAAGAUACUGUCAGACUAUGAUGACUGGAGACCAGCUUUGGCCAGCUUGCUUCAACCUAUUCCAUUCCCCAAAGAAGCUCUUGCGCAUGAGAAAUUUACCAAGGAACUGAAGUAUGUGAUUCAGAGAUUUGCUGAAGACCCACGCCAAGAGGUCCACUCCUGUUUGCUGAGUGUGCGGACAGGCAAAGAUGGCUGGUUUCAGCUCUAUAGUCCUGGAGGCGUGGCUUGUGACGACGAUGGAGAACUUUUUGCUAGCAUGGUGCAUAUACUCAUGGGAUCCUGUUAUAAGACGAAAAAGUUCCUACUUUCGCUGGCUGAGAACAAGCUGGGACCGUGCAUGCUCCUGGCCCUAAGGGGCAAUCAGACAAUGGUGGAGAUUCUGUGUCUGAUGCUGGAAUACAACAUCAUAGACAACAAUGACACCCAACUACAGAUCAUCUCUACCCUUGAAAGUACCGAUGUGGGGAAGAAAAUGUAUGAGCAACUCUGUGACAGGCAGAGGGAGCUGAAGGAGCUGCAAAGAAAAGGGGGGCCCACCAGGUUAACUCUGCCUUCCAAGUCCACAGAUGCAGACCUGGCUCGUUUAUUGAGCUCUGGCUCCUUUGGAAACCUGGAGAACCUCAGCUUGGCCUUCACCAACGUGACGAGUGCCUGUGCCGAGCACCUCAUCAAACUGCCUUCUCUCAAGCAGCUAAACCUGUGGUCCACUCAGUUUGGGGAUGCUGGUCUGCGGCUCCUUUCAGAACACCUCACCAUGUUGCAAGUGCUGAACCUGUGUGAGACGCCUGUCACCGAUGCCGGCCUGCUGGCCCUGAGCUCAAUGAAGAGCCUCUGCAGCUUAAAUAUGAAUAGCACCAAACUCUCAGCGGAUACCUACGAAGACCUGAAGGCCAAGCUGCCCAAUCUGAAAGAGGUUGAUGUCCGCUACACUGAAGCCUGGAAAAACCCUCCUUGAAUAAUUGCCUUUUCGUAAUGGAUCCUGUAUGCUAACGCUCUCUUGUCAGCCCGUCCGUCCAUCCGUCCGUCCGUCUGCUGCCGUGUUUAUGAUUUCAGAAUGUCUCAAACAUCCUCACUGACUGAAGCCUGAAGACAUUGGGAGCAGGGAGGGAGGGAGGGAGAGGAGGCCACCUACCUGAAGUCUUGUUCCUGAAAGAUCAGCCAUCUUUCCUUGCUCCUUUAUCAGGCUGGGGAUGUGCUAGCCAUUCCCUCACCCCCACUCCACCCCCUUUCCGGGUAGGAUAGUCCCCUGCCAAGAGAGAGCUAGAUUCAUGAUUUGCCUCCACCAUUCUCUGUUCUCGUCCAAGAUUUCAAGACUUCUAAGUCCUGCCACCAUUUUGUGUCGCUCGGCGUCCUCACUCACGCAUGCCUGCUUUUCUGCAUGGUCUCUUGGGAGAAGAGAAACCCUUUGCCACUGACCUAUAGCCAUCCCUUUCUGUAAAUGUGACCACUAGUCCUCCGAGCUCCUGGCCUCCCCACAAUUGCUAAGGGAAGAACCUUUCCUAGGUGAAUAAUGAGUUGGCUUUUUUCCCUCUGAGCCAUGACUGUAUAAAACAGCCCUGGGGAGGGGGAGGGGUUGCUUGGGGGUUCUCUUUUCUGUUUGUUUAGAACAAACACUCUCCCCUUGAGCAUCUCUAAAAUUUCCAUGUGGCCAAGGUAAUGUUUUUAUCUAUCUAAUUCAUCUGACUCAACGGGAGCCGCGCUUUUUGUCGUUUUAUACUUUGCUAGGUAGAUUUUAUUAUCCUGUGCUGUGCCCUCAUUUUUUUAAAAGAGAAAUUGGGUUAAGUCUUAAUUCAUCUUAUGUGCCAGGUUCUUUGUGUUUUCCUUUGCCCCUCAAGUCCUAUCCUGCACAAUUGGCAUCAGGUGCAGGAAGAUGAUUGGAAAAAAAAAAAAAAGAAGAAACAAUUGGCCACCUUUCUCCUUCCGUACUGUUGCUUUACCCGAUGGUUUCCUACUUACUCCUGUUCUGUAGCUGUGUACAAAGAGAUGUGAAAUACUUUCAGGCAAAAUAAACUGUAAGUGACUCGCUUUUAGCUGUG